UCGGCAGUCGUCAACCGUGCGCCACGAGUUGACAACACACAGCACGAGUUUCACCUUGUUGUGAACCCAGUUGGACGCGGAGGAAGCGGCCGCAACGACGCCGACCCGAGAUGCCGAAAUACUGCUCGGUCCCAAACUGUAAGAAUGACUCCGGGAACGGCAGCGACAGGAAGAGCUUCUACAAGUUCCCUCUACAGGACCCGGUCCGACUGCAGCAGUGGCUGAGGAACAUGGGACGUGAGAACUGGACUCCCUCUCGACAUCAGUACAUUUGCCACGAACACUUUCCACCUUCGUGCUUCAAGGUGCGAUGGGGGAUCCGUUACCUGGAGAGCGACGCUGUGCCCACGGUCUUCCAGGAGGCCGAGAAACGGAAAGCCACGGAUCAAAGCGAGAAGACGCCAAAACGCCUUCGCGCUGACGGUAAUCAAAGCAUAAUGGUGUCAGGUGACAGGACGGGGGCUGUCGACGCCGUGGAGGUGGAAAGUACGUUGCACACGGUGCACUUGUACGAGAUCACCGUCGACCCAUCACAGCAGGGCAAAGCCAGCCUGGUGGAGCCGAGCGAUGUUGGAGAAUCCGAUUCUUCUCUCAGGACAGAUCUGAACACGCUGGCAUCAUUCGACGGAUUCGAAACGGGGGCAAAUUUCCCUUUAACCUUAUUCCAGACAGUAGAUGAUCUGAGUAAUAGUGGAGAGAACACAGAGGUGGUAGUGAUGUCUGAAUGCGCCGUUGGCGAGGGGCAAGAGGAGCUUGUGAGUGGAAUCGCUGCUGCCAUUUUAACUCAGGGCCACGGGCUGGUCUCGAGUGACUCCACACUUGGCGGCGCGGAUGAAGCUGCGGCCUCUCUCAGUGUUGAAGAUGCGACUUGUACCACGGAGGAGUUCUUAGAUGUCCAAGAAGGCCAUGAAACUCAGGUCAUCGCCUACUUUGAGACGAUACCAAACGUUUUCCCCGGUGAAACCUCCACCAAGUUCACCUUCUCCCCGGACACAGUGCUGUCGUCCGCUCUGAGCUCCAAGCCCAUCACAUCCACACUGCCUAUAGUGUCCAAACAUGUACCGCCUUCCCCCGCGUCCCUGGUUCUCACUGUGGAAAGACUGGACACAGACGGCGGAGAGGGAGAUGAUGACAAGUCAGAGGACGAUAGCCUAGAGAGGCAGGAUCACCAGCUGGAGGAGCACUGCUACCAUAAGAACAGCCUGAGUAAAGAGCAGCUGGAGGCGAUUGUGGCCGAGCUGCAGAAAAAGGUGAAAGUGCUGCAGCAGCGACACCGACGACACCUGGAGAAACUUCUGGGUCUGGAGAACACGGUCAGCCAGCUGAGGCAAAGCAACCUGCUGAACGAAGAGCGACUGCAGCUGCUCGAGAGGGCUUACAUACAGACCAGUGCAGCAGUGACAGAGGCUGGUGAGACUGUGGCCAUCAUCUAUGAGGAGGACGAUGCUGCGUACUUUUACACUCCACUGAUUGAUGCAGGGGAAAAGCUGUGGCAGCAGGAGCAGCAGCUGUAUCAUGCUGUAAAUCUCAUCUGGAUUACAGGAAGAAGAUAUUCCCCACAUCAUAAGGGGGAUAGAUCAGCAUUCAUCAAAACCAAAUCUGAGGCAGGAGUUGGACUAACGAGAGGAAAAGUCUGAAGAAGCUUCUGUUGAAUUGAGAAACCAAGCAGAGAAAGGAAAAGAGAUCUGAGGUGACGAGACUUGCUGCACCCACACCCACACUCCUGGUGUAUUGAACAAACAUUACCAUUUACACUUGUGAAAUUUUUCUAAUUUUUUUUCUUGCAUCUUCUCAGAGAAAAAGAAUUUAAUUUGCCUCUCAGGGGUUGUUGAUACAGAUGAAAACCAAAUGUGAACGACAGAUGUGGCAGCUACUGGAAAUGUCACCUGUCACCUUUCCACUGCCUGUAAAGUGUAAUGUACAUUCCUCCCUUUGAAAUACAUGGGUAGAUUCAACACGAGCAAAGUAAUAAGAAGAAAAUGGUAACAAGAUAUCUAAGCUUUAAGGAGUCAACAUCUCCUGUCACGUCUUUGCUGAUGAUUCACAGCUGUACCUCACACUCAAAUCUAGGAAUACAAGGACAUUUAAGGCUGGAUGGCAAAUCAUUUCCUUCAGCUGAACAGUAUACAAAAGAGUAUGUCCACACACUGUUAAGCUCCCAAUAAAUACUUUUAUUCUCUAAUAAUGUUUCCACAAGAGAGUAAAAGGAGAGGACGGCCCUUUAUUGUCCUUUAUCACAGUUUACAGCAGCAGCUCAGGUGGUAAAAAGGAAGAACAAUAAAUAAUAGUUAGUGACACAGACAAGAAAAGACCUUGGGUUUAGUAAAGAGGUCCACACAAUAAACAAUAACACAAAUUUCUAUCUACGUCUUCAUAUCGUAGACCAUACUACAAACUAGCACUAACACCAAUGACUAUGUCUUCAUAUCAUAAACUAUUCUAUAGAUUAAGUCACUUUCUUUCCAAGUCAGGAGCUCAUGCUCACCUUCUCUGUCGUCAGUGAACAGCAGCUCAGGGGUCAGAGUGAGAGACAGAGCAAAGAGCAAUGAUCAGUGAGACAGACCAGUAAUCUUUGAAGUGCUAAAUAUGUGAUAUUAUAUGAAUAAACAUGCAUGUAGCUCGUUCUGUAUACACAUUAUCAUACAUGAUUGUAUUUAUGUUAUUGUGUAUUCUAGGUUUAUAAUGAGUAAAUUACUGAGAUAUCAGACUGAUAAUUACACUUAAUGCCACUUUUUAUUUAUUUUUUUACAUAAAGGCAUGUGAUGUGGACAGUUGAGUGAUCUUGUACCAGAAGUCCAUGUGUAAUUACGCACGCUGAACGACUGGCAUUUUAAUUAAAUCAUGUAUUAACAACGUCCAUAAAAACAUCUGUACUUUUGUGUGAACCAACUAGUCUCUUGAUGCUGCUGUGCUGAAAAUACCAAAUCAUAUUUCAAUACAGCUAUGCAUAGCACAGCAAUAAAUUAUUAAAAUGACAUGCCUCUCUAAUCUAGUACAAGCUGUAAGAGUUGAUCACUGGACUGUUGUUGUAGCCUCAGUUCAAUAACACUUUUAUUCACUUACAACACUGAUCUAUUGCUGCGUUUUUGGGAGAAUUAGUUAAAAAAUGUGAUAAACUGUUAAUUUAAAUGUCUCUGGAAACAUUUGAAGCUAAAUUUCAACAAUCCCAACAAGCAAACUGGACUCUCCACACAGAGGAGCGGACCGUGCACUGGUUCGGCCUGCACGUUCUGACGUCCCGAUGUUUGUUCCAUCGUCUCCAUGGUCACAACAAUACAUUUUUUGGGGGGCAUUUUUUAAAAAAAGGCCCGGUCGCCAUCUUUUCCCCUUAAAAUUUCGAAGCCAAAUUUGGAAACUUGGCGCAAUCAAACGAAAAUAACAAUAUUUUCAAGUCAACACACAAUUAUUAACACACUCCACACCUGACCCGGGAAACUGAGCACGUUCUUACUGUGUAAUAAAAGUUUUACACCAAAAAAACUGUGUU